GGUGUGGGGAGGGGGAGGGGUGUGUGGAAAGCCUUGACACAGAGUGAGUGCCGCCCCAGUGCGUUGUGUUGUUAGUAGUAGAUCAAGCAGGAAUGGCUCCAUCCAUCAGCUGGCCAAGCUCUGGAGUGCUCACCUCCGGCCUAGCAUGGUCGCCUCCAACGUUCAUCAACGAUGAGGUUGAAGCGUCUGAGAGCAACCAGUCUGUGGGCGGGGAAGAAGUGCAGCAGGUCGGGGGUGGCGACUCGUCGGCAGCAGGGCACGGGAACAAUGAAGCUGAUACGGAAUUUGUGGAAGGGCAGAUCGGGAUGAGCGACGAGGCUGGCAUCUGGGCUGAUGCUGAAACAAAUGGUGCAGAUGCGGGUGCCGUGCUCUGCAAGAAGGUGGGGGCGAGCAUGACCCGGAAGAUUUGGAGCCAGUGGGCGAAGACGAUGGUGUGGAUCGGCUGGAGGCAGGUGAAGAAUCAGGGGUCCACCCGACAAGCGGGGGUGAGGUGGAGGAAGAAGACGACGCGACCAGCAGGGCGCCGAAACGGGCACGGAUUUAGUUAGUGAUGGGCAUGCGUACUUUAGGUCUUAAGUGCUGCAUUUGAAAACACCAGGGAGGGGUGUGUGGGUCGAGUUAGUGGAUGUACUAUCCAUGCUACAUGCAUGGUGCUACAAGUCCCCGUAGUAAUAGCAUCCGAGCUGUGUGGUUAGUGCAGUGCACUAUAUGCAAUCAGUUCUUAAUGAGGGAACAGAGUGCAAGUGUAGUCCGGAAUAAAGAAAGUGUGGUUGGCAUUUCCUAAGCUGAAGCAUGCAAGGGAUGCAUGCAUGCAGGAGGAAGUGUUUCGUGAAAGCUGCAUGCAGUAUCGUGCCACUGCUAGUGGGGCCAGUAGCACAGGACGAAAAGUCUCAAUGAGUGCAUGCAUGCGAAAGUACGCGAGAAAGGGUUGGGAUCUGGUGUUAACGCUUUUUGGAUUGAUUCGAGACAUGUGAUUUUUUUGUCUUGGAGCUGUAGCACUGUCGGAGGAACAGUAAGCAUAGUAGUUCAGUUCCUAAAACAGGCAUAGAAGCUAAUCCCCCUCAGACGCCCAUUUCUGGACUGCGAGUGCGCGCAGGUAGUCAGCGUUUAAUCUGGAACCAGCCGGUGGAUAGGACCAUAUGGCUGUACUGACACGUGAACCGGGUGUGCUUUCGAUAUGGAGUGAAAAAACGGAAGGAGCAAAUGCAAGUACAAGCACAGAUAGGAAUGGUGUGCGGCGGGCUGCGUUGCUCGGGCAGAAGGCAUCUCGUACGAUGAGUCAUGUCGAAAAAUAGCAGUGGCUCACACGUAGGAAAGCGCGAGGUAUUUUCGCAGGCAAUGGCGCGGUAGGCGGGGCCAGUAACUACUGCGAGAGAGAGGCAGAGUAAUUGGUAGCUGGGCUGGGGUGGCGAUAAAGAGACGCGGCGCUGCUCUGCCUCCUCAACAAUGGCCUUUGCUGAAGCACAGGAGAAAGAAAAGCAGGGGAAUAGAGAGGGGGGAGCGAGCUUGCUACAGGAACCCUAGGUUUCCGGCGUGACCGCCGACGACAUCUCCGCGCUCCGACCGGCCAGAAACCCUGGCUGGUCGUCAAUGGCGUCCUUGUCAGAGUUGGCCACUGGUACGAGGCGGAUGCGCUCGCCGGCAACGCCGAAGCGAGCCAGCUCAUGGGGCAGUUUGGGGCUAGGCGAGUGUUCUACGGAAGUGGAGCGAAGCGGAUCGAUGCGUGGAGUUUUUUCAGCGGCAGCGCUGCUAGGCGUGGGGAUGAUGUGCUAUCCGGUGGUCGAGAAGACGGGGCUGGCCCCGAUGCUCACCGUCAGGGCGUCUGGACCGUUGGACAAGAACUUCUACGCGGACUGCCUCCCCCGGGUGGACACAUCUGACCGUGAUACCCUGCGGUUCGUGUUUCGUGACGGUGAGAUACGUGAAAUAGGUAGAUCCGAUGUGGAGAAUAUCAUGGGCGUGGCUUCCGGCAAAAGGAAGAUUAGUCUUACUAAGCCCAAGGAUAAGGGUAGGCUAGUAGAGAAGGUGCAAAGUGUGCUAGGGUUACCUGUGAACAGAAACAGGGGCAUCAGGGUCGAACACCUUAAAAAGGUGAUGCAGAUCUGUGAUGCUUAUGGCAUUAACCCGGAGACUUGGAAGAGAUGUCUAGCUGCAUACGCACUGCUUUCCUGCUGUACUUUGGUCUCUCCAAGGGCAGCGAACGCAAACGUGCCAGAUGAACUCCUGCCGUGCGUGCAAAAUCCACUUGAGAUAGGUGAGUACGACUGGGCAGGGGUACAUACUUGAUGUACUUCGAGCUAGUGUGGAGAGAUUCCAGCAGGAGAUGAAUGAAGGAGCUCCAUCCCUGACUUCUGGGGGGUCCAACUUGUUUCUGCAGCUGUACUGCCUGGAGUGGACAGAUUUUAGGAAGCACAGCCUAGAUACGGACUUGGUCCCGAAAAUUGGUGCAUAUACAACUGAGAAGAUCAAAGAACUAAUCAAGCUCGAGAUGCAAGACAGGUUGCUGAAGUCUCCACGAUUUAAGACGAGGAGUGUUGAGAGCAUGGCCAGUAGAGCGAGAAGAUUACAUCCAGUGAUCGCAAGUGCUGGGACAGUAAAAGAGAGGAAGGUGCGGCUUGGAGGGGUGGUGGACGAGGAUGUCAUUCCCACGAUAAAGAACAUAGUACUCCAACUAGCAGGUGACCUGAACCCUGGGCAGGGUGAAGCAGUGAUGAGCGAAUGUAGGCGGGAGGCGCUGGUGGAUGAAGCCCUUCAAGCAAUCGACGACACGAAGCAGCACAUCCUGACGAAACUGCUGAUGAGCACGGGAUGCUACAGUAUGGCAGAGAUAGAGGAAACAGGAGAUGAAGGUACAGAAAGAAAGAACGGCGGCGCUGUGACAGGCUCAAGGAAACAAGCAGGCAAAAACUUUUGUUGUCUUCCUAAAAGCAUGGAAGGUUCAGUGUUUACGAAGCAAAAAAGGAACUCUAACUCGUCACAAAAUGCAGCUAGAGCCGGGGGUGGUGGCGGAGGAGAUGAUGAUUCUGCACCAGAUGGUACAAACUCAACAGAGGCCGCGGUGGGGCUGAUGCAGCUGGGGAGAAAAGGCGGAGGAGAGCAGAGAAGAGAACCAGAGGAGAAGAGCGAUGCAGAUUGUCCACCAACAAUGAAGACACGAACAUCAGGAGAUUGCGAUACGGAGAUGCAUACCACCCAGACUCAGGCACCAAGGGAGCGAGAGGUUAAUGAGGGUCCAGGUGUGCAGCAUUUCGAAACCCUGAUAUGACAUGUGUUGUACCUAGGCUUGAUCGUUUUUGUAAAAAAAAAUGUGAAACACUUUGAGGAUGUGCUGAAGCAGUAGCAGUUGCAGGUGCACGAGAUGAGGGAUCAGCUGAUGCAGAGGUGGGAGGACCCAUCACGAAAGGGAGCGCGGUGGGCACAAAGA